GAGUCAAACAGUGCACCGAGGAGAACCAAACGCUACUGAAGCGUAUCAAAAUCCUCCAAAGUCAAAAUCAUGAUCUCAUGAGUCAAAUGAAAAAGAUUCAAUCGUUGCUAACCAAGGGCACCGGCAAAACUACCCAACCGGCCACUUGUCUGAUGGUGUUGCUUCUCAGCAUGGCUCUGGUGGCCGUUCCGAACCUGAAACUGGGUGGAUCCCACCAGCAGCAGAACAUUCAGGACUCGAUCGAGAUGGCUGAACUGUUGCAGGAGGCUGCCAGCGAGAAGACACAGGUCCCGGCCCAGGCGCAAAAUCGGCGCUCGCUUCUGUUCGACACCAAGGAACAGCUCGGCGACGCACUGGUCGAUGAGGAAAUGAACUUCGAUGAGAUCAUGGCAUUCAAUGUGAACUACCUGAUUGCCAGCGAGCACGAUUACUCCUCCGAGGCCGAGGAACCCAGGGCCAAGCGGUCGAAGACACAAUCCCUAGUGGAGUACGACGUGGACGACGAAAUCUGGAACGGAAGCAGCAAGAUUCGCAUCAAAGCGGAAGUUAACGAACCGGUGAGCACGGUAUUCAACGAGAAGGCAAAGCUAUUCCAGGAAGCAUUUGAGCAAAAGCUGAACGAACAGAGCUCGGGAUUCAACAUCAAAGCGGAACAGAUGAGCGAAGUAAUCGUCGAUCGUGAGCUGUUGGAUGGAAUGUCCAAGCACGGUUCGGCUGCUUUAUACGACAGUUUGAAUCUCGACAACCUGAAGAACGGUGCCGGUAUUGAACUGUUGACCGCUAACGGAGCUAUUUCGGCAACGACCGGAAGCGUCGAGGAGGUAGGUAGGAAACUGAAUGCUUCGCAACAAAUUCAACAACAGAAUAAUAAGAGAAAACUCUUACUUUAAAGUGGAGAAUAGUCGUUAGCAUUCUAUCUUUAUCUAUGUUAAAAUCCUUUUCCAUUGGGCUGUUAUUUCUAUGUGUACAUAAGUUCUACUUCGUUAAGCAUCUAUAUUAUAUACUAAAAUUGAAGUUUAGAGGAUUCUAGACUAUACUUCUACACACAGUGUAAUCCAAUUGUGAGCUGGCAUUUGUGCUAUUGAUCGUAUGAUAAGUUUACGUAAAAUGAUACAAACUCUACACAUUUAGUAUUGAAACGUACUGGUAUAAGUUUUGAUUUUUUCCACCUGUUUUCAGAAUAGAGAAAAAUAUCUGUUAACCUUUUCUUGUUAUUAGAUUCAGACUUUUUUAUAUUAUUUUUAGCUCUAAAUUAAACUAUUGUGCAAUUCGAUUUUAUUUCCCUAUCAUCAUAACUAUUACUUGUAGCUUCUAGCUAGUUCUGGUUGCUUGAAAUAUAAUAUCUUUAUUUGAAUAAAUCGUUUAAAACACUAAUCUAAGUCCUACAACAGUGUUAUGAUCGCACGGGAAAUUUUCUUCACACUAUAAAGUUUGAGCAAAUAAGUUAAGUUAUAAACAGCAUCAUUGUUUUUCUGAAGACCAAAUUAAAAGCAAACCGGUGGAAAAUAGAAACCGAUUCCUAAAGCACGCAGAUUUCUCGUUUUUCUCCUUCACUUCGCAUGAGAAAAUCAGACUCAACAAAUUACCAUUCGUAAUAGUAAUUUCCUAGAUAAACAAAUUGGAUAUUUAGCUACUUGACCGGUGGGGUGAAAUUUCUCAACACAAUCGGCAAGUAAACCUGGGCAAAAAUUCGUAUAUUUUAAAACCGAAUAGAUGUAAUGUUAUCGUACACCACACUACCAUUUAAUAUAUAUUGCUGUAUAUAAACAGUA